UCAGCAACAUGAAGUCUCUCCUGAUGCUCCUGGCAGUGGCUGCCAUCACCAUAGUACAAACCCAGGCCCUCCAGUGUUACGUGUGUGAAAGUGCUGACAAUUGCGACAAAACAUUAACCUGUCCCAGUUCUUCCCGGUUCUGCAAAACAUCCUUCAACUACGAGCCAUUGUUAGGGAACCUCGUGAAGAAGGAAUGUGCUGACAACUGUAUUCCACAGAAUGGUGAUUCAUCUGGGACCCCCAAGGUCCGGUGCUGUUCAUCAGACCUGUGCAACCACAAAAUUGAAAACUCAGCUCCUGUCCACACAAUCCUCAGCCAUGCUGUCCUGGGCCUCAGCCUCACCCUGGCACUGUUCUCUGUCCUCUAUUGACCCUGAGCCAGAUCACAACCCGCUACCCUCACCCAAAGCCUGUCCUGGAAGGUUCUGAGCCUUCUCUUCACACGACUCCAGCACAGCUUCAAGUUCCUCAUCAAUCCAUCUACUCCUUCCCCAGGCUCCUCUCAGACUCCCAAGAUAAGGGACACACAAGGAAAGGGGUACUCAUUCUGCUCCCAGGGGUCCAGGAAGUCAAUUCUCCUCACCUCCCUCAAAGUGUAAGCAUUCCAACUGGCCUCUCAGAGUCACCCUCACUAGGCACUCCUACCAGAUCUAUCCAGGGACUCACAGAUGCUGGCCCCAUUAAAGAGGAUCACUUCUCAGUGGCUCCUUGGUGUGCAUCUGGAGAUGAGGAGGAAGAAUGAGGAAGAAGGUGUAGGACUCCAAAGUUAUGAAACAGGAACUAAGCAACCACAAGCUAAGGACUUUACAGCCAAGACUUUUUCGAGAUCCCACGGUUACUAACAACAGAAUGUUCGUUGUGGCACAAUGUAACUAGGCUCCCAGAAGAACUGUGUACACCCUGCAACUAGCUUAAAAGCACAUGCUUCCCUCACAACAGGGUCCAGGUAGGCACACCAGAUUCUGGUGGCUUGGACCCUAGUUUGAGCUAGCAAUAAAAGUUCCUUUUGCUUUUACAUUGUUAGUGAAGACUCAUCCUUGCAAUAGGGAUCUGGACUGGGCACAACAAAGGAAUGUCCCAGCAUUGGAACAAUGGAAAGAUAAAUAGAUUUGGGACCUGGAGUACUGGGUUUAAAUCCUGAUUCUGUCAUUUAUUAGCUGUAUGAUCUUGGAUAAAUUGCUUCAAUGGGCCUCAAUUUCCUCAUUUAUAGGAGUGGAAUCAAAUAAUCUCUAUAGUCCCUUCCAGCUUUAAAAUCCUAUGUUCCCUAAGAGGCUGAGCAGGAGGACAGAGGGAAAUCAUUUCAGUCCCACAAGCUUUUGUAUUGUUUCUGUAAGCUCAUAUUUUAUUUUCUACUCAAUAAUAAAAAAUAACUAAAAUGAAAA